AAGAAGUUCAGAAAAUAGUCUGUGGUGAUAAAUUAGGAAAAAUGGCGACUUUUCUGCCUCGUUCAUUUGGUUUAGCAGAAACAUUAUUAUUGAAAAAUGGAAAUAAGUUGUUAGCAGCAUCAACAACAAACAACCUUCCCAACAAACAGCAAGUUCGACACCUAAAUGUUCAUGAGUAUGUGAGCUAUACUCUAUUACGUGACAAUGGCAUCCCUGUGCCUAGGUUCAAUGUGGCCAAAACUACGGAUGAGGUGGUCAAAUAUGCCCAGGAACUUAACACUAAAGACAUUGUGCUUAAGGCACAGGUACUGGCUGGAGGGAGAGGCAAGGGUUCCUUUAAAAGUGGUCUUAAAGGUGGUGUAAGGAUGGUGGACACGCCUGCCGUGGCUGGUGAAUUAGCAAGCAAGAUGCUAAAACAGUUGCUGGUGACGAAACAAACGGGCGCCGCAGGUCGCAUCUGUAACAUGGUGAUGGUUACUGAACGCAAGUUCCCGCGCCGAGAAUUCUAUGUUGCUAUUAUGAUGGAGCGUAGUUUUAACGGCCCUGUAAUAAUUGCGUCGUCACAAGGUGGUGUAAACAUCGAAGACGUAGCCGCCGAGAAUCCCGACGCUAUCACUUACGAACCGAUUGACAUCGUGACCGGCAUUACCGAUGACCAAGUCAGCCGAGUUGUACAGAAGAUUGGUCUGCAAGAACAUGCCGAUGAAGCGUGUGGAAUGAUCAAGAAAAUGUACGAUCUAUUUUUGAAGAAAGAUGCCCUGCUAAUUGAAGUAAACCCUUAUGCCGAGGAUGCUAUUGAUGGAAAGUUUUACUGCCUGGAUGCCAAAUUUAGAUUCGAUGACAAUGCUGAAUUUAGACAGAAGGAACUCUUCGAACUCCGUGAUACGACACAGGAGGAUCCCAAGGAAAUUGAAGCUGCUAAAUAUAACUUAAACUAUAUCGCACUCGACGGCAAUAUUGGAUGUAUGGUGAAUGGUGCCGGCUUGGCCAUGGCUACCAUGGACAUUAUCAAACUUUACGGCGGGGAUCCAGCCAACUUCCUUGACGUAGGCGGUGGCGCUACCGCACAGGCUGUUUCGGAAGCUUUUAAGAUCAUUCUGUCUGAUCCCAAAGUAACAGCUAUAUUAGUGAACAUCUUUGGAGGUAUCAUGCGGUGCGAUGUCAUCGCUGAAGGUAUCAUCAACGCUGCUAAGAACUUGAACAUCCAAAUUCCCGUCAUUGUUAGACUUCAGGGUACAAAAGUAAAUGAAGCCAGGAAACUGAUAGCAGAGUCAGGUUUGCGCAUCGUGCCCCGCGACGAUCUCGACGAGGCGGCUCAGUUGGUGGUGCAACUGUCUGAGAUCGUAGCACUCGCCAGGAAGGCCGGAGUCGAGGUUGCCGUUUCCUACAAGAGCAGUGAUGGUAAAGGGGGAAAAGGUGGUGGCGGCCGCGGUGGCGUGUGUCCCACUUUACACAGACGAAAAAGAAAAAAGAUUUGAUGCUCAAUAUUAUACACAUUAGAUAUUAUUUUAAAUUUCUGUCUC